UCAUUCAAGAGUGUUUAAGGAAAGUUGCAAUUUUGAAAGAUAAUUGACUAUUUAGUUGACUUAAAAAGACCAAACCUCGGUCUUCUUUCCUCUUGAGCCUCAACACAUUGCACAAAGCACAAAGCACAAAGCAAGAAAUCAAACAUGUCAAACUCGAAGACACACAUUCUGAUAUUCCCAUACCCAGCACAAGGUCACAUGCUCCCACUUCUUGACCUAACCCAUCAAUUAGCCCUUCAAACUACUAUUACCACCUUAACCUUCACCAUCAUCAUCACCCCUAAAAAUCUCCCUAUACUAAACCCUCUCUUAUCAACUCACCCAAACACCAUCCAAACACUCAUUCUCCCUUUCCCUUCACACCCAAAAAUACCUCAAGAUGCAGAAAAUAUCCGUCAUGUCGGUAACACUGGAAACUAUCCUUUCAUUAACGCCCUUUCCAAUCUCCAAAGUCCAAUUAUCCACUGGUUUAACACCCACCCUAAUCCCCCUGUUGCACUCAUCUCUGAUUUCUUCCUUGGUUGGACUCACCAACUCGCUACUCGACUCAAUAUUCCUAGACUCGCUUUUUACUCUAUUAGCUCCUUCUUGAUAUCAGUCAUCAACUGCUGUUGGAGUAACAGUAACAGUAGCACACAGCUGUUAAAGAAGAAGAAUGAUGAGGUUGUUCAGUUCUCCGAUAUUCCUGGAACACCGGAGUUUAAGUAUGAACAUCUUCCUAGUUUGAUUCUCAGAUACAAAGAAUCGGAUCCUGAGUCUGAGUUUGUAAGGGAUAGUUUCAUUUCCAAUGCUGCAAGCUGGGGAUUUAUUUUAAACACUUGUAAAGCUUUGGAUGGUCCAUAUUUGGAUCACAUCCGGGCUGAAUUUGGUGGUAACCAAAGGGUUUUUGCUGUUGGCCCGUUGAGUUCUAUUCGUGUUGAUGCAAAUUUGGAUGGUGGGUCUGACGUGUUGCGGUGGCUUGAUCAGUUGGAGGAAGAUGGUUCGGUGUUGUAUGUUUGUUUUGGGAGUCAGAAGCUACUUAAAAAGGAACAGAUGGAGGCGUUGGCAUUCGGGUUGGAGAGGUCUGGGACACCAUUUGUUUGGGUGGUCAAAGAGCCUUCCACGGCAGAGCAGUUGGAGGAAGGUUAUGGAUUGGUGCCGGAGGGGUUUGAGGAUUGUGUUUCGGGUAGGGGGAUUGUGGUGAGGGGUUGGGCACCACAAAUGGCGAUAUUGGGUCAUCGGAUUGUUGGCGGGUUCUUGAGUCAUUGCGGGUGGAAUUCAGUAUUGGAAGCGGUGGUGGCGGGGGUUGGGAUACUUGGGUGGCCAAUGGAGGCUGAUCAGUUUGUCAAUGCAAGGCUGUUGGUGGAAGAUAUGGGAGUGGCAGUGAGGGUUUGUGAGGGGGCGGAUUCUGUGCCAAAUCCAGAUGUUCUCGGUCGGGUAGUUUCAGGUGUUAUGACUGGGGAUAGUCCCCAAAAGAGAAGAGCUAAGUUGAUGAGAGAGGAAGUUGUUGGGGCUGUGAGUAAGGGUGGAGUUUCCUCUAAAGAGUUGGAUGAACUUAUCCAAGUUUUGAAGCAACUUGGUGUUAAAGAAGGAUCAUAGUGAUAGAGCUAAUGUAUGUAUGUGUAUGUAUGUAUGUAUGUGCCUAAUUACUAUAUAUUUGGUCUUGUGAUCAAGUAAGUAUUUCUCUGUAGUGAUAUUAGAGAGACCAAUAGUCCCUGUGUGAUGGUCAUCAAAUAAGUGUUUGUAUUGUCUUGUAAAGUUUAUGAUAUUAAAAAGAUGUUGGUUGGCCCUUAUGUUCAA